GUCAGUGUGACCUCACCCUCUCCAGUCCUUCUCACUUGGUGUCAGCGAUGAGCUCCUGCAACUUCACACAUGCCACGUUCGUGCUUAUUGGUAUCCCAGGACUGGAAGAAGCUCAGUUUUGGUUUGGCUUCCCUCUGCUUUCCAUGUAUGCUGUGGCAUUGUUUGGAAACUGUAUCGUUGUGUUCAUCGUGAGGACGGAGCGAAGCCUGCAUGCACCCAUGUACCUUUUCCUCUGCAUGCUGGCAGCUAUUGAUCUGGCUUUGUCCACAUCCACCAUGCCCAAGAUCCUUGCCCUCUUUUGGUUUGAUUCCCGGGAGAUUACUUUUGAUGCCUGUCUUGCCCAGAUGUUCUUCAUUCAUGCUCUCUCGGCAGUUGAAUCUACUAUCCUGCUGGCCAUGGCCUUUGACCGUUAUGUGGCCAUCUGCCACCCACUGCGUCAUGCUGCUGUGCUCAACAAUACAGUGACAGCCCAAAUCGGCAUGGUGGCUCUGGUCCGGGGAUCCCUAUUCUUUUUCCCACUGCCACUACUAAUCAAGCGGCUGGCCUUCUGUCACUCCAAUGUGCUCUCCCAUUCCUAUUGUGUCCAUCAGGAUGUGAUGAAGUUGGCCUAUACAGACACUUUGCCCAAUGUAGUCUAUGGUCUAACUGCCAUUCUGCUCGUCAUGGGUGUAGAUGUCAUGUUCAUCUCCUUGUCCUAUUUUCUGAUUAUACGAACAGUUCUGCAACUGCCUUCCAAGUCAGAGCGAGCUAAGGCAUUUGGGACUUGUGUGUCACACAUUGGUGUGGUUCUGGCUUUCUAUGUACCACUCAUUGGCCUAUCAGUGGUACACCGUUUUGGAAACAGCCUAGACCCCAUAGUGCAUGUUCUCAUGGGGGAUGUCUACCUUCUGCUGCCUCCUGUGAUCAAUCCCAUCAUCUAUGGUGCUAAAACAAAGCAGAUCAGAACAAGGGUGCUGGCUAUGCUCAAGAUCAGCUGUGACAAGGACAUUGAAGCUGGAGGAAACACGUGACCCUUACCAUUCCAUCACCCUUGUUCUAGAUAGCUUAAUAUAGUAAUUCAUCAGACCUGUUUAAUUCCCAUAAGCACAUUAGUGCUUUUCCUUGGAUGGAAUGGGGAACUAAAGUAUGGUUUAUCUUCAUUGUGGAUAUAAUGUGAAAUAAUCUAUAUCAAUGGAUACUAUGUUGUUUAAAGAUUAUGCUAUAAAGUGAGACACAGUGAUAAAAAAGCAAGUAGGAUUUGUGAUUUAAAGUAACUAGCCAGGCUUGUGAUUUGGAUGGAAUAGGUUCAAACUACCAAUGACUUUG